AUGCUAAAGCAACUACUUCAAGGGCAAGCUGAUGGGGUAGUGGACACAAGCAAGAAGCUAGCUGAAAUAAACUCUAAGAUCGAGAACCUCAACACAAGGGUUUACUCUCUGGAGAAUCAUGCUUCUUCUGUUGCUGCUGCUACAAAGCAAGGACAACUACCUGGUAAAGCUAUUCAGAACCCCAAGGAACAGUGCAAGGUCAUCUUCACUCAAGAAGGACUUGUUGAAGAAGAGGAUCAAGAAAGGGUCAUUGAAGAUUUUUGUUUACUGCUGAAUGAUGAAGAGAUUGUUGCUGCUGAGGCUCCUGGAGUCCAGAUUGAUCAACCAGAAGUGCAUGCACCUACUGUGGCCAUUCACACUUCACCAGUUGAGCUCGCACGACAAGCUCGAUCGGCAGCUCGAUCGAGUCCAACUCUAGCUCGAUCGAGUCCGACCUCUUCUGUCCCAGCCUGUUUUGCUUGA